AUUUUUUUUAUGCAAAUAGUACUAAACUAUACAUAAUUUAACCAAUCAAUAGAGAUUACAUACUUACUUACGCGUAGAUUUUGCCGCGAAAACGUUACAUUCACUGUUUAUAAGAUAGUAAUUAGUUAAAUAUUUGUUGGUAAUUUUAACAUUAUAAAUUUAUAAAUAAUGAUUGAAUCUGAUCAAAGUGAUAAAGAACAACAGGAUGAAAUGUCACCUUUAACAAUUUCUAAUAAUUCUGUAGAUAUAAAUGAACAUGGAAAAAAAAGGUUACGAGAAGAAAUUUCAGAAAAUCAAACAUUAAAUGUACCUUCUAAAAAAUUAUGUAUAUCUAUUGAUGAAACAAAAUCUGAUAAAUAUGACAUUGAAAAUAUUUCAGCAUUAAAUACUGAAGAAAUAAAAGAUAAUAUAAAGGAUAUAAAAAAAAUUGAUAAUAAUAAAGAUAAAAUAAUAUUAGAAGAAAGUACAAGUGAAAUAACAAAAGAUUCGUACGUUGAAACAUCUAAUAUUAAAAAUAAUGAAAUAUCAAUUAAUAAUGAAACUGAAAUUAAAAAAGAAAAAGAAUCUAAUAUUUCAUUAGAUAUAAAAGAGCAGGAAAAUGUACAUAUAGAAUCUAUAAUAAAUCUCAAUGUAGAAAAUGUUAAAAUAGAAGAAACAAUGGAAAUGCUUGAUAAGGAAGAUAAUGUUAAGCCAAAAAGAAAAAAUAGAAAGUUUCAAACUGAAGAUGCUGAGGUUGUAGAAGGUUUGGAACUUUCUGUAGAAUGUGCUAGUGAUAAAGGAUCUUCAAGUUCUUCUGAAAGUGAAGAUAGAAAUAAAAGGCAAUUUAUGCCCAAAACUAUAAUUAUCAAAGCAAAACCUAAUGAUUCAGAACUUGAAAUUAGUUCUUCUGAAGAAGAUAAAUUAGAUUUACAGAAUAUAUCUAAACUAAAAUUUAAGAAAACUGUAAAAGGGAAAAAAAGAAAUAGAACAUCUUUCAGUGCAAUAAAAAAUACUGAUUCUGAAGAAAAUAAUGAUGAUAAUUCAGAUGAAGAUUAUAGUCCGAAAACUAAAAAGAAAUUUAAGAAAUCUACAAAAUCAUCUAUAGAAUCAAAAAAAGAAUAUAAUAAAGCAAAAAAAGGAAUAAAAAGAUCAAUUGAAAAUUUAGAUGGUGAAGAUGAAAAUUCUAAUAUAACAGAAGAGCUAAAAUCAGAAGAAAGUAUAUCUGAUAUAAAAUCAGGAAAAAGCAAAAGUGAAAAUGAAAGUGAAGACAGUGAAAAUACUUCUAGUGAUGGAAAAAGAAAGAAAAGUAUAAAAGCUGAAGAUGACAAAAGAAUACAAAUGUUAAAAAAGUACAUUAGAAUUGCUGGAAUACAUGUAAAAUCUUAUAAUGAUCUUUGGGCUAAUUGUAAAUCAAAUACUGCAAAAAUAAGAUGUCUCAAAGAAUUAUUGACAAAAAAUGGAAUUAUUGGCAGACCAACUGUAGAGAAAUGUAAAAAAGCUAAAAAAAGAAAUGAAAGACUUAAAGAUGUUGCUGAAUUAAAUACAAGCAAUAUUAUUUCAGAAGGACGUAUCACACGUGCUCAAAGAAAUAAAGAUCCUAAUAAAGAAUCAAUGAAAAUAUCUGAAAUACCUACAAAACAUCGUGAAACACGUAAUACAUUUAAAAGAGUUUUAACCGUUAUUGACAGUGAUUCAGAAUGAAAUGUCAAUGAUUGAAGUUUAUUUUGGGGAACAAUUAAUGUUUUAUCUAUUUUUGUAUCUAUUGAUUAUUUUUGAGGAAGAAUCCUAGAAUAUUAGUUUUAAUUAGAAUUAUUCUCAUGAUAUUAAAAGUUUAAAUAUAAUAUUUAAUGUUAAU